GGUUGAUAGUUCAAGAGAAUUAAUUACAUUGUACUUGUUGAUUGAAUUAUCAUGUGUACUACAAAAAUCUACUCCUCUAAGAAACAUUUGGAACCUUCGUUAAUGAAUGCAAUUAAACAUUUCAUUCUAAAUUUGAUAAAAUGCGUUUUCAUUCAACUUCACAGUCUAUUCGAUUGUUUAAUAAGUUAUAUAUUUGAUUUUUAUUACGAGAGAAAAGUAACUAAAGUACCACCCGUUAUGAAUCCUCUGCUGCUGGAAAGUGCAACUGCAUUAGCGGAGAAGAUUAGAACAAAAGAGGUUAAAGCUGAAGUAGUCGUACAAAGUUUUAUCGAAAGAUGUAAAGAAGUUGAUAAAAUCAUCCAUGCAAUAGUAGAAGACAGAUUUAAAGAAGCAAUAGAAGAUGCUAAACAAAUUGAUUUUGAAUUAGAGUCUUAUAAAGAUACUGAUGAUUUGAAAGAAACUAGACCAUUUUUAGGUGUUCCAUUCACAACUAAAGAAAGCAACAAAGCGGAAGGUUUAUUGCAUACUAUGGGAUUGAUUAGUCGUAAAAAUCAUCGUUCACAAUCAGAUGCAACAGUGGUUUUUAAUAUGAAAAAAGCUGGUGGUAUACUUAUUGCUAAAACAAACAUUCCAGAACUAAAUUUGUGGGUUGAAUCGAGAAACAAUUUAUACGGUCAGACAUGUAAUCCCUACAAUACAACCAGAACAGUUGGAGGAAGUAGUGGUGGUGAAGGUGCUAUUAUCGCUGCGUGUGGUUCAGCGAUAUCAAUUGGAAGUGAUAUUGGCGGAUCUACUAGAAUGCCAUCAUUUUACAAUGGAGUAUUUGGAAUGAAACCUAGUGAAGGAGUGACAUCUUUGAAAGGAAUUGGAUUAAGAACUGAAUAUUAUCCCGAAUCAAUGGCAGAGGCAGGUCCAAUCUGUAAAUUGGCUGAAGACUUAACACCGAUGCUAAAAGUUUUGGUAGGUGAUAAAAUAUCGAUGUUAAAACUAGAUGAAGCAGUGGAUGUAACAAAGUUGAGAAUAUUUUAUCAAAAAAGUUCUGGUGAUAUUAGAACAAGUAAAGUGUGUUCUUCGAUGCGUUCUGCAUUUAAAAGGACAAUAGAAUAUUUUGAAGAAAUAACUAAAACUCCUGCGACUAAGAUUAAAAUACCUGGAUCGGAAUAUAGUUUUAAAUUAUGGAGAUAUUGGAUGACUCAAGAAAAAGCUGACUUUAAGAAAGAUUUAACUAAUGGAAAGUCCCGUGCAAAUACAGUAGAAGAAAUAAAAAAAUUUAUAUUGAAUAAAUCCGAUAUAACAUUUGCCGCAUUACUUAAAUUAAUGGAUGAAGAUUUCCUUCCAAAAGAAAAUGCUGAAUGGGCUACAAAUCUUACUUCCGAGAUGCAACAAUAUUUAUUGAAUGUUUUAGGAAGCAACGGAGUCUUAUUUUAUCCCUCUGCACCAUUUCCUGCCGUUCAUCAUUAUUCUUCUUUUUUGAGACCAUAUAAUUUUACUUAUUGGGCUUUGUUCAAUGUUCUUAAAUUUCCAGUAUGCCAAGUUCCACUUGGAUUAGACUACGAUGGUUUGCCUGUGGGUAUUCAGGUAAUCGCAGCUCCAUACAGAGAUCAUUUAUGUAUCGCUGUAGCGAAAGAAUUAGAAACUGCAUUCGGUGGUUGGGUGCAACCACCUCAUUAAUCGUUUACGUUGAUUUUUUCUUUUUUUUCUUUUUCGGAUAAAUAUUUACAAUUGUUAUUUGGUUUAAUUUUCUUUAUAUAGAUCUU